GCUAACCCAUCUUUUUCCUAAAGAAAAUUAAAGGUAAAGUCUAAGAACAUAGAUUCCCAAAACAUUGGGUGAAACUAGUACAACAAUUUUCAAGACAGGAACACACACUCCAUACUCCAAUUGAGGUUAGGUAGCACGGUGUCUGUCCCUGUAGUUACUCUACUCUCUCGCCGCUGCUCCUCCGUCAGCCACCGCGUCAGCCACCACCUUCCUCCUCCUCCAUCCUAACCCUAACAAUGUGGCCUCCUCCCACUUCUUCUUCAACAAACUCUUCCUUCUGCUUCCCCUUCCCUUCCACUCUCUCUCAUCGCCCCCUUUUCAACCCUCCUCAUCGUCCCACCCAAUUCCUCUUCCCCCGCCGCUUCCACCUCUCCGCUUCCCUCUCCCGCUCCGACGAUCUCAACGGCUGGGCUAUCCUCGACUCCCCUGCCCGCCCUACCACCACCCACAAAGGCUUUCCUUCGAAUGCUGUAGUGGGUGUUGGCACUUCCCUCGCUCUUCUCCUUGCUCUAUUUGGUACUUUCUCACUAUCCAGGAAAGGUUUCAAUGUUCAACUCACGAGCCCGUUGCAAGCAAUGUGGAGUAGUCCUAUUGAAACUCGAGAGCAUCGCGACAAGGUUGCUGAAGAGCUCCACAUUUCUGAUGAGGCCUCCCCUGAGGCUGUUUUGGAAACUGUUGCAUUUGCCCCCUCAACUGUAGAAAAGUUUGAACGUGUUGCGGUUCCAGUUUCUGUGGAUUCUACCCAGGAAGAAGCAUUGUCUGUCUUAAAAACACUCAAGAUAAUUGAAGAUGAUGUGGAAGGUAAUGAGCUGUGUACACGAAGAGAAUUUGCUAGAUGGCUAGUUAGAUUGAAUUCUUCUUUAGAAAGGAAUCUAGAAUACAGGAUUGCCCCAGUACUAUCACUUUCUGGAUCUGUAGUUACUGCAUUUGAUGAUGUUAGUGUUGAAGACUCAGAUUUUCGAUACAUUGAAGUUUUAGCAGAAGCCGGUGUGGUCCCCAGCAAAUUAUCUUGGAAGAAUAGUUCCAAUUCUGGUGGAUCUGACAGUGAAGAAAACAUAAGUUUUUUUCCUGACAGAUUCAUUUCACGACUAGAUCUGAUAGACUGGAGAGCUCAGUUGGAGUAUAAAUUUUUCUUUGGGUCAAUUGACCAGAUAUCAAUUAAAAAAGCAGGUUAUAUGGAUGUGAAGGAGAUCACUUCUCUCGCAGUUUAUGUGGACAUCUUGGCAGGGGAUAGGAGCAUACUCAGAAAAGUAUUUGGACAGAGCAAGCGAUUGCAGCCAAACAAACCUGCAACAAAAGCACAAGCAGCUGUGGCUCUGACAAGUGGCAGGAUGAUGGAAGCAAUAUCUGCUGAAUUGUUAAGAAUAGAAGCUGAAAAUUCUGCUCGGCAAGCUGCGGCAGAAGAGAUCAGGUCUGAGUUGCUUAGCCGAGGAGACAUACAGAAGUUUUGGGAUUUGAAGCUUAGUGAAGAGAAAAGUCGUGGUUUUGAUGCAGAGAGGCUUUAUCUCGAUGCAGUAAACAAUUUGGAAGAAGAAACAAUCAAUCAAGAUAAGAUACAUGCUGAGUAUUUAAAAGAAAAGGAAGCAAUGGAUUGUCAAAAGCAACUGCUGCUUACUUUAAAGAAAGAAGUUGAUGAGAUAUCAGAAAAGCUUGCAUCAGAGAGAGUCAUAUAUGUAGAUGAGAAGCAGAUUGUACAUAAGUUGCUCAAAGAUUUAGAGUUCAAGCAUGAAGAAAUGCUUGACACCAAAUCCACACUGGAAGCUGAGAAAGAAGCUCUUCAGAUUCUUAGAUCUUGGGUGGAGGACGAGGCAAGAAGAAGCCAAGCUCGGGCAGCUGUUCUUGAAGAGGUAGCGCGAAGAUGGAAAUGGGAUGACCAAGCUUGAGAGUUAUAGGGGAUGCGUCCUUUAAAUGUAAAUUAUUAUCUUUUAUUUACUGAUAGCACAAAUUCUUUAGGGUUCAAUGGUCUGUUUGGUUUGGUCUUCAGGGAGAGAGGAAAGGACUGAGGCUGGUAAUUAGCCUCAUCCUUCUUUUGGUAUACACAUAUUAAAAGGGGAAAGGAAGAGAUUUCAGUGGGCUCCAAAGAUUUUUCCACCCCUCUCGUGGGAUUGGUUGGGGGUGAAGAAAGUGGAAAUGCAGCUAAUGUUUUCUUUAUCUGUUUGUGGUUCCUGUUUUAACUAUUUCAAAUCUUGGAUGCUUUAGAAAAUUCUGUUUCAACUAUUAUAGAAAUAAGAAUGACAAGAAUGACGUUUUACAGUUA